GUCCAUAUGAACAGGUGCGCGGACUGUCUGUGGUUUGAGGACAGAGAGACAGAAGCAGCCUGUUCCAGCUUGGAGAAAGUGAGAAGAGGAGGGAAGACUGCGGGAACUGGAGGGGGACAAGGAGUGGGUGGCAACAUGGGAUUACGCCAAGGACUUCUCCAUCAUCACCCUGCACUCAUCAUCAUCAUCAUCACCAUCACAACCAGGGCAUGGGUGAAGUGUGUGAGCAUGAGACUUUCAACAUCAGUUUCAGGAGAAGUCGGCGAGAUGCUCAGGAACAGGAGGAACAGAUUCUUCUCGCCUCCUCUGUUUAUCCAGAGGCACGAGUUUGUGAUUGAGUUUGUGAAAGCAUCCAGGCCCAGAACGUUGCUGGAUUUAGGAUGCUCUGAAUGUUCCCUGCUGAGAAAACUGCGGUUUCAUCGCCACGGUCUAGAAGUACUGGCGGGCGUAGACAUCGACGGCACCGCCAUCCGACAAAACAUGUAUGCCUUAGCCCCUCUCAUGACUGAAUACCUCCAGCCAAGUGCUAGACCACUGACCAUCCAGCUUUAUCAAGGCUCCAUCACUGAGACAGAGCCGUGCACCAAGGGCUUCGAUCUUAUCACCUGCAUGGAAGUCAUGGAGCACCUUCAUCUUUGGGAACUGGGGAGGUUUUCAGAUGUUUUGUUUGAGCACAUGGAGCCACGCACUGUGAUCAUAAGCACGCCAAACUCCGACUUCAAUCCUUUGUUUCCAGGAUUAACAGGCUUCAGACACAAAGACCACAAAUUCGAAUGGACCAGAGCACAGUUUCAAGCUUGGGCCGAUGGGGUUUGUAGGAGAUAUGGCUAUUCGGUGGAGUUCACAGGAGUAGGAGAGGCUCCUGGUGAUACUAGAGAUGUUGGAUUCUGCUCCCAGGUUGGAGUGUUCCAUAAAGUUGAUGGUGAUUUAAAUGCACAAAUGAACAACAUGGAGCAGGAGCCUAUAGUAUAUCAGCUGCUGUACAGGGUGGUUUACCCAAGCCUCUGCGACAACAAUAUCUUUCAAAGGACUGUCAUUAGUGAAGCAUUAUACAGAGCAGAGAAGCUGAAGACAGAAUGGCUGAAGGCUCAGGAAGGUGAGCAGUAUGAUUUCACCACCUCUGAACACAUGCUCCCAGCUGCUGAGUUGUACCGCCAGGGGAGUUUGGUGUGUGUGCCACUCAUAAGCGUGUGGGCUGCUUCCACAGUUCGAGCUCUAUGCAGGAAUAUCCAGCACCUCAGAGCCACCCUGCAGGUGGACUUGAGAAUACAGCUCGAUGCUGACAGAGAAGCAAUAAUGCUGCCUGAUGAUUAUGAAGAGGAGGAAGAGGAAACGGAUGAGGAUGGAAAAGCAGAAUGUGUGCCACUGUCUGUGAAUGACAAUGUGAUAGAGGACUGGGAGAGUGAACUUUGAUCAUUUUCUUAUCUUGGAGACCUCUGUAAUAACACCUUUUGUCGCUCAUCAGCUUUACAAUCAAUAAAGCACAAUAAUCCAA